UUCUCAUUUUUUUCUCAGACCAAAAAAAAUACAAAAAAAAAAACAAAAAAAACUCUGCCCUUCUUUUCUUGCUCCCCAAAACUUCUUGUGCUCGUUCAGUCGUUCUUUCAGACUUUCAGUCAUGCUCGCAACUACCUAGUAAGUUUUCAAUUGCUCUUUCCAGUUUCAAAGACUAAUCCCUAAUUCAAGUUUCAAACUUUUAAUUAUCUUUCAAAUUUCGGACGAAUUUUGAGAGACAUGGCUACCGGACUCCGGCACCGGCACCAGAACAAGCAACUAGUCCCCUCCGGCGGCCGACCUCACAUCGAAUCCGAUGAUCUUCUUAUCGACAUACUAUCAAGACUCCCAGUCAAAACCCUAAUCCAAUUCCGCUGCGUUUGCAAGUCAUGGCGUGCUUUGAUCUCCGAUUCUCACUUGGUUACGAUGCACCUCCGCCGCUUCAACCGCCGCCGCAGGCUGCUUUUCUCAGUCGCACCUUUCCAGUCCAUUGACAUCAGUGCACUGAACGACGCCGUUUGCAGCGUCUCAAGCACUAGCCUUGAUUUACCUAUCCCUGUUGGAGCUUUGAAAUUUGUGGGUUCUUGCAAUGGCUUGAUUUGUUUACUGGAAAAUUCGUCUUCUGUUAUUUUUUGGAACCCUAGUACUAGAGUUACCAGAACCUUACUGAUGCCGAACCACUCUCAUGUGGGUAUCGUAAUGUUUUAUGGGUUUGGUUAUGAUUCCACCAUUGAUGACUACAAGGUUGUAUUUGGCUGCAGAGGCGAAAGAAAUGGUGCUCUUGCAACCACAGUUGUGAUGUUUCAGCUCAAAAAAGGGUCAUGGAGGACUAUUGAUGGCCUCGAUUAUGUUAAUUUGAAUGGGCAGGGGUGCUUAUCAAAUGGUGCUCUACAUUGGGUCGAGAUGAAAUGGGACGCGGGGGUGACGAUUCGGCCGGUACUUAGUGCAAGGAUCAUGUGUUUUGAUUUAGCAGAGGAGACAUUUCAGGAGUUGAUUCCAUUGUCAUAUCUUAGUCGGGAAUAUAUCUCUGCUCGGAUUGGGAUUGCUGAAAAUAGUCUCUUUGUAUAUAUCUAUAACAGCAGUGAAAUUACAAUGUGGGUGAUGAGAGAAUCUUGGACUAAAGUUAUGCAAAUUCCCACAGAAAUACCUCAACUUCCUAUUGGAUAUUGUUACAGUUUUUCUACUCCUAUAUGCAUUUUAGAGAACGGUGAAGUUUUGAUGAAUUCUAAUGGGAACUACUUGGUGCUGUAUAGUCCAAAUGGAGGGGCAUGUGUGAAUGUUCUUGAGACUCCUGUUGAUUUGGCACCGGAACCAGCUAUGUAUGUGGAGAGUUUAGUUUCGCCGUUUUAGGAAAAUAUCUGAAAUCAACCUUAACUGUUGGUGGCUAGUAGUUGAAGACAAGGGGUGGAGAGAACUGCUUUUCCUUUUGAGUGAGUGAAGAAAAAGCGCCACUUGUGGAAAAACAGAAAUAUGAAGAGGUUAAGCAUCCCCUAGUUGGAAUUCAAGGUGGGACUCGGCAAGAGGGUGGAGAGAAUUCAAUGAGUUCCGAAGUGAAAGCAAUUACUGAUCUCUCCAUAUAUUUUGUACUUCUGUGAAACAUCAAUAUGUACAGGAUUACAGGAUUUCUUGUCUCUAUUGAUCAGUCGAGUUUUAUCACUCCCAAGUUUUUACUCUUUUCAUCUAUUCUCAAUGCUAAUAACUUGCAGAAUACUGCGUAAUGGAUGAGAUAGGCCUAGGCCCAAAAUUGGCUUCAAAAAAAAAAAAAUUCAAGCCCAAUAACAAAUAUUAGAGCCUCGAUGGCGUCCUUGAUGAGAUACUGGCAUGGCUACCGGUCAAAUCACUGAUGCGAUUUCGCUGCGUCUGCAAGCCAUGGCGUGCUCUCAUCUCCCAGUCUCACUUUGUCACCAAGCACUUCAACUACGCAAGCAAAGGCUUCACCGAGAACACCUCCAGCCUCUUGAUAUCAAUGAAUCCCUACAUAUACUGUGAAGCAUCCAAGGAUUUGUCCCUUGACUGUGAAGCAUUGAAGGAGUUGAAGGAUGAUGGAGAUGCUCAUCUUGCAAUUAGAAAGCUCGAGUUUCCGGUAAUGUUCCCUGAUUCAAGUAUUAGAAAAAUUGUGGGUUCUUGCAAUGGCCUGAUUUGUGUAGAAAUUGACCAGAAAGACAUGGUGUUAUGGAACCCUUGUACUGGACAAUCCAAUUUGUUGCCAAAACCUACUGGUCAUGUCACUUUGAAGCUUUGCGGAGUUGGUUAUGAUCUUACUAUGAAGUUUUGCGGAUUUGGUUAUGAUCUUACUAAUGAUGACUAUAAGGUAGUGACAGGGUACAGUCAUAGAGUUAGGGGUUCUGAGGAAACCGUGGUUCAGGUCUUUAGUUUCAAAUCAGGUUCAUGGAGGACCCAUAAGGGUCUUAGUUACUUUUGCUUGGAAGGGCCAGGGUGCUUGUCAAAUGGUGCUCUGCAUUGGGCAUUGACCAUAUUCAAUGAUUUUCGUCAAACAGAUUCAAGGACUAUCUCUUUUGAUUUAGCAGAGGAAAAGUUUCAGGAGAUGAUUCCGUUGCCCUCUCAGGCUGGUUUUAGAUGCCACUUUAUUCCUGGAGAAUGUCGUCGUGUAUAUACAUAUGGCUUUCUACACAAUGAGAUCAUCAGGCUUAAAAUAUGGAUGAUGAAGGAAUAUGGGGUCCAGGAUUCGUGGACUGAAGUUGCUUCUUUAGACUGAAGUUGCUUCUUUAGAUAUUUUACGUGAAGAUUUUCAAUUCUCAAUCAUGAUGCCUCUGUGCAUAUUAGAGAAUGGUGAAGGUUUGAUCGCCAACACUUGUGAUUUUAAGUCCUUGGCAUUAUAUAGCUUCAAGGAACAGACAUUGAGGAAUGUUGUUAGGACCCACAACAAAUGGAACCCUGAUGCAGUCAUUUACAGGGAGACUUUAGUUUCACCAGUCACCAGUGGUAUUGCAGACAUCUAAGAUCAACGCUGGGCAUAUGUAUUUGUGGCACUUUGGAACAAUGGGAGGCCUUUGGCAGUGGCCUCAAUAUCUCUCAACUAGAAGAACGUAGACUGAAUAAUUUGUUUUAUCUUUGUGGAGUUGAGCAGAAUGCUGCUACAUUGCUAUGUAAUGGAAAGUAACUCUUGACACUACAAAGUUUGUAUUCUAAUUCAGUGAUCUGUUGAGUUGGUUUCGGUUAAGUUCCUCACAUUUGUUGAUUUCCCAAUUGUCAAAUUCUAAUCACCUGAUUGUUAGUCUUUACUUCUGAUAACAAUGUAAGCUUGUCCUUUUACACCUUUGUUUCUUUUAUUUUCAUUUGUUGGUAUUAGUUUGAAGUGAGAAAAUAGAUUGCAGAACUGAUUUUGAUUUUGAGCAAAUGAAAUGCUUGAUACUUACUCUUUCUGACUCUUGACUGUCAGAUUUGUGGGGAGCUAAUUUGUGAGCACCAUGAUACCCACGGAAAUCUCCAAAAUGUUUGAACCAAGUUGAAGCUGCUGCAGAGGUGAAGAGUCCAGUUGUAAAUGAAGGUGGAAUUCAGGAAUUGGUGCUCGCUCAUUAGAUAGACAUGACUUCUGCAUCUCCCCCAAUUUAAAACUAAAUUAUUUUGGUUUCACUGACUGCCAGUAUUGGUUUUUAGUUGUUUAAUUUUAUUUCAAAAUGUAUCAAGAUCUGUUAUCAAAAGACAAAAUGAUAUAUCUACCAAGAUAGCAAGUCAAAUAAUAUGAAGGAAAACCUUUACUUUUGA